AUGAGGACGAUUACGUGGGUUAAGAUGGCUGCUGCCGGCGGAAUCAUGUGCAUCGGCGGCCCCGCCCUCAUCUACUACGUCACCCCGACCGAAGAAGAGCUCUUCCUGCGCUACAACCCGGAACUCCAGAAACGCAGCCUGGAGCGCCGGCAGGAGAAGCAGGAGGAUUUCGAUCAGUUUGUCGGGCGCUUGAAGGAGUAUAGUAAGAGUGAGAAGCAUAUUUGGACGGUUUGGGAACAGGAAGCGGAGAAGAAGAGACGGCAGGGGGUUACGGCUGAGUUGGAACGGAGGAGGGAGGCGCAGUUGGAGGCGGAGUUGAGGAGGAAGGAGAUGAAGGAGAGUUUGAAGUAA